GGUGUCAUGUCCAAGAAUUUUUACUAUAAAAGAACGUGCCCCAAACUUGUAAAUAUAUAUACAUUAGUGUACUACGAGGUGUUUAACAACGAACUUCAAGAUGUAUUCCAUUACCAACUGGAAGAACGCAAAGAAACCAAACUACAACACAAACGUGGAUAAAUUAUUCCCGUAUUCCGAGGUUCCUUACCUAGGCGAGUACAACUUGGUGAAAAUACCAGUUUCCCUCAACAACCUGAUUCAACAUGUGGAUUACUGGGGCGAGGGUAGAAUUGUUUCCGAGGGCGGUAUUACAGGGUUCACUAACUGCUACAACGUCCAUCAUCAGUACCACGUGGUGAGCGGUGGCGCCGACCGGGAUAGUAAGAUACCGAACAGGAUCCCCGUCGCCAGCUCCUCCGACUGCGACACCAGCGCCUACAUCAGAGACAACUCCGUCAUCACCGUCACCGUCACGGACGCGUCACGCAUCAACACCAGCUGUGCCAAGGAUAUCGCACGCAUUGUCAACAAUGAUCUUGGCAAAGUAGUUGUGUAUGGAAGUCAAACUGAUUCAGGAGAGAUAUUAAUUCUCACCAUGGAACUACAAAAAAGAGCUCUUUACGCUUGUCCAGAUGCUGAUCUAUUUGAAGAUCUUCAAGGCUUAAAGUUUGUCAGCCAUGUGGCUUUCCUAAAUAAAUUGGAAUCAAUUAAUUAUUUAUAUAAAAACAUCACCAACUCUAACUAUGAACGUGCCAUCAUGGCGACUCGGACGUUAGCAGACGUGGCUGGAGGACAGAUCAUCGACAGGCUUAUCAAUGAUGCUCCACGAACUGCCAUGUCAUACGCGUACAAGUUGUGGAACGGUGGGGCUCGCGAUGUGGUUCGUAACUAUUUCCCAAAACCAUUUCAACACAUUUUUAAUGAAGACGCUGUGACUAUAGCCAACGUGAAAUUCCGCCAACCCUUGAAACUUGAUGUGCAUAAGGAUUCCUACGGCGAUAGACUAGUUUGGGGUGACAACGCCUGCGACUUAUCCAGUGAGAGAGUGAGCUGGAAACUCAUUCCUGUUUGGGACAACGACGGCGUCACCUUCAAGCUGUACAACAUUGACUGCAGCAUGUAUCUGAAAUUGGACGUGAACGUGGACAAUAUAGGAGAUAGGAAAGCCUGGGGCUCCAACAAUUCCGACGAACUUAGACAUAGAUAUUACUUAGAACCUGGAUUUAAAAAUGGUUCCCUCGUAUUCCAUAUUGUAAACUGUAAAUACAAUCAAGGACUGAAACUGGCUGUGGAUGUGGACGGAUACGGAGACAGACUCCUGUGGGGCCACGGUUAUGAGGGUAAUAUUGAUGAUAAUCGCUUAUGCUGGAAUAUUCAGGCUUUUUAAGUGUCAAACUUCUGUCUUACCGUGAAUCUUAUGUGAGGAAUCUGGAUACAUUUUUUCUUUCAAACAUUGUUCCGUCACUUCUAAAGUUGAUAAAAUUAUGUUUAAAAGCAAA